AUGCUUAGGCAUUAUUCCAAGGCCAGAGCCAGUCUCCGGCAGGGCUCCUGGGACGGCUUUUCUGGUGGGCUGGCACCGGGCAGAUGCAAUGGAAGAUGUCAGAUAAUUUCAAGCAGGCAGUUCUCGUCAUCUAGAAAAUACCGGAGCAACCAGGAGUCCCAAGGUGGCAAGCAAAAAUCCGGGGAUGAUGAGAAGGAAUCAUUCGGAUCGAGACUGAGAGCUGCACUCGGAAAAACCAAAAUCGAAUGGUACCCUAUUCCAGUCGGGCUGGGAAUUGCGUUUCUCGGACUUGCCCAGUUCUACAAGUCCCAGCAGGCCGAGAAGCAGAGGAUGCUGAUGGAAGCUGAACGGGGGGACCGGCCUCAGGAGGUUGUUCCCAGGCAACGGGUACGUCCAACCGGGCCAUGGCAGGUCCAGGUCAUGUCUACGUUGCCGCUGAAGCUCGUAUCUCGCAUAUGGGGCCGAUUCAACGAGCUGGUCUUGCCCUAUCCUCUCCGCGUCCCAGGCUUUAAGCUCUACUCCUGGAUAUUCGGAGUGAACCUGGACGAGGUCGAUGAGCCCGAUCUCCACGUAUACCCCAAUCUAGCUUCAUUUUUUUACCGGAAGCUGAAGCCAGGAGUGCGACCCCUGGACCCCAACCCGUCUGCACUGCUUUCACCUUCUGACGGACGUAUUCUUCAAUUUGGAAUGAUUGAGCGUGGAGAGGUGGAACAGGUGAAGGGGAUGACCUACAGUCUUGAAGCACUGCUUGGGCUCGGGACCGUAAGCCCGGAUUCAGAACCCGUGCAUCCCACCACCCGACCUAUGCACAAGGUGGACGACGAUACCGACCCUGAAAAUCUCGCCGCAGACCAGGAGUUUGCCAAAAUGAAUGGCCUGAGCUACACACUACCUACGCUACUCUCCGGAACUACAAAGCACAUCGCUGACAAGAACGGCUCAAUGGACGCAUCGAUGGAAUCUAGCUUGACUUCUGAAGAGAAAGUGAAAGCCGAUCUCGCGAAGGGAGAGCCAGCAUGGUAUUCGCCGAGGCCAACCUCGAAUCGGGCACUGUACUAUGUGGUGAUAUACCUUGCACCGGGAGACUAUCAUAGGUUCCACUCACCAGCCUCCUGGGUCGUCGAAAGUCGGCGACAUUUUGCCGGGGAACUCUACUCGGUCUCUCCUUACUUGCAACGCACAUUGGCAGGACUCUUCACACUUAAUGAACGGGUCGUCCUGUUAGGCCGUUGGCGUUGGGGCUUCUUCAGUUAUACGCCCGUCGGUGCAACCAAUGUGGGAUCAAUAAAGAUCAACUUUGAUGCCGAACUUCGAACGAACAGCCUAACCACCGACACUGCUGCCGAUCGUCAGGCCGCCCUUGCUGCCCAGCGAGGUGAGCCCUAUUCCGGCUACACGGAGGCAACAUAUGGACACGCCAGUAAGACGCUCGGGGGCCAUGCUUUACAGCGAGGAGAAGAGAUGGGUGGCUUCCAGCUGGGCAGCUCGAUAGUUCUAGUCUUCGAGGCGCCCAUGGGCAACCGCCAGAGCUUUGAUGUUUCUUGGACAGGUGAGCGAAAGGGCGGAUGGCAAUGGCACAUCAAAAAGGGACAAAGAAUAAAGCAAGGCGAGGCGUUGGGGGAGGUUGUAGAGGACUGA